AUGGAAAUAGACGAGGCCGCUGUGCUGCGAUCAGAGCUGAUAGUGGUCGAUGAUCUGGAACAGGCCAAGAUCGAAUGCGGGGACCUGAUGUGGCUGGAAGCCAGGGGCAGCUUCCGGUGGGACAUGGCCCACGAGCUGCGGGACGUCGUGGCCGGCCGGGUACCCGGCCGCAGGACGGAGGAGGGGGUGACGCUGUUCGAGUCGAUGGGCGUCGCACUGGAGGAUAUCGCCGCCGCGGAGUUGGUGUAUCGCAAGGCCAGGGAGCAGGGUAUCGGACAGGAACUACCCUUCUAG